GCCCCUUGAGCCAGUUGCAGCUGAAACCGAGUUAAUGAGAAAACUUUAUUUUCCCAUGUGAUACUUAGGUUCAACGUUAGGCCUGCCAUUUGGUGGGGAGUUUGUAGCCCUGAGUCGCUGUCGUUUCACAUCCUACCGUCAUGAGUAUCGUGAGUGGCAGAAGUACACCCGAUCGAAGCUUGGAAGAUGCCAUGAGACAGGAUGGACCCUCGCCAAAAAUGAAGGGAGACCUUAUGGCAAAUGGAUUCGAGCCCUUGUCACAGCUAGAUGACAUGGAGUUCUCCAUUCCCAAGUGUGAAGAUAUACCCACCUUGGAGGAGAUCCUGAAUGAACCUGAUGAUGAUGAGGUCAGUCUUGGUAGCAGUGAAGAAACUGGGACAUCAGUUGGGGAACAAAAGACAAAUGCAGAUAUUGGAUCUCCCACUGCUAUUGCUGUAAGUGCACUCUUGGCCAUUGGGACCUCACAUGGGAUGACCCUUGUCUUUGACUCAUCACAAGCACUCAAAUGGGCCCUGGGAUCAGCAUUGACAAGAGAUGAAUUUGGACCUGUCUCUUGCAUACUUCUGGUUGGCUUUUCCAAAGGACAGGUGACCAUGUAUGACCUCUCCAAUGGGAAAAUCUUGAGAACCAUCACUGAUGCCCAUUCCCCCUCCACAGCUGUACUGCAUGUCAAGUUCACAGAUUUACAUACCCUGGCCAUCAUCAGUGACAGUGGGGGCUCUGUAUUUGAGCUGAAUUUCCGGCGUCAAUUUGGAGUAAGAGGAUGCGAAAGCAGAUGUCUUUUCUCAGGUGCAAGAGGAGAGGUCAUUGCAAUUGAACCAUUACUUUUAUCCAACUCUGGUGUUUCACCCAGACAAGAGCUGUCCAUUCUGGCCAUGGCUACUGUUUCUCGAGCAAUUGUAGUUGCUGUCAGACCAGAACUGGAGGUGUUGUUUGCUCAUCCUCUUGGGGGAGAAUCCAAAAAUGUCCCCUUAUUGUCCUGGCAGUUUGUUGUGAUUCAAAUGGCUGACAGUUCCAGAGUUGUGGAUCCUGUGCUCUGCUUUGCCAGGAAUAGCACCCUUUACUUCUUCCAGAUGACACUGUGCUCACGAGACAUCCUCACAUUCCAACUGCUGCAGAGAGUGCAGCUUCAGUAUCCUGUGAUGGAUGUGCGGUGGUUGAAUUCACGCACCCUUGUCACCCUUGAUACAUUGGAGCUCCUGCACAUCCUUGAUGUACGAAGUCUAGAGGAGCUUGAAGUCUGUGAUAUCUCCAAUGUGGAACUUGUCUAUGGAACUAGUCACUUCAAAGGACUUGCCACUGGUGGGAAUGUCAGCAGAGCCAUGGCAGUGCUUGCAGAACAUGCCUGCUACAACAGUCUCUGCACAUCAGGGAUGCAGAUCCUCUUGCUAGGCACACAGGCGCUGCAUGUGCUGGUUGUUCGUAGUUGGUCUGAGCGUAUGGAUUAUUUUGUGAGACAGGGUCGCUACAAGGAUGCCCUUUCUUUUGGGAUUGACCUCCUGGAAGACAAAGCCAAGGCCAUUGUUGGCCUCCCUGCCAGGAAGGACAAGAGACGGACUGUCAUGCUUGGGAUUCUGGACCAGUACCUCAAUGACACAUUGCUUAACCAGUCCAUGAAACAGAAGAAUGGAAAAAACCUAACAAAUCUCUACCUGGAUGUUGUUCCUGCCUGCACUGAGUACUGUCUCCAUAUUGAUCAGAGAGAUAUGCUGUUUGGGAAGAUGUAUGAUGCAGUGAAUGUGGACACCAUGGCCAAAGAUAUUUACCUGGAUGCCUUGGAGCCAUACAUCCUCAAUGACCAGCUCAAAGUGAUCCCACCACAAAUCACACAGGAUCUUGUCUCCCAUUUUGAGCAGAAAAAACGUUUUGAGGUGAACCUUUUUUUCACUCUCGUCUUUAUGGCCCUGGAAGCAUGCUUACUUCACCUGAGUAUCUCUUGCCUGGACCUGCACCAGGUGAUAAGCACAUGUUGGGCACACAACCUGCAUGAUGCCCUGCUCUCAAUCUACAACCGGGGAAUGCUGGAUUUCAUUUCACCAUUUGAGGACCUCAUCAACAUUCUCUACAAUGCCCUGGAGGCCAAACAGGCAUUGUCAACAGACCAGAUCCGACUAGGGAACAAGUUACUGGUUUAUCUAUCAUGCUGCCUAGCAGGACGGGCAUAUCCAUUUGGGGACAUACCCUCAGACCAGGUGUCCACAGUCAAGUACCAGGUCUUCUCCUGCCUCACUUCCAUUCACUCAAAGAAUGCUACUGAGACUGAAUCCUCUUAUCCCUACCUCAGGACAUUGUUACACUUUGACACACUGGCAUUCCUCAAUGUCCUGUCACUGGCAUUUGAGGAGUCAGAGUUCCAGACUGAGCUGGGUGGACGGCAGCGGCAGCGUGUCAUUGACAUUCUUCUUAUGAUCAUGCUACAACCUGCUGCUGGAUUCUCAGCGAGUCAAGUGGGUACCCUGUUUGUGUUCCUGGCACGAGAGCUGAGUCGCCCAAGGGGCAUGGGAGGCAUUGGGGUGACAGUGUCCCGUGAUCUGUUUGACCAGGUCCUUGAGCACCUGACCUCUCCUCCUCCAUCUGGUGAGGGAAGUAGGGAGCAUGAGGAGAGGCAGCAGGCACUCCUUGAACUCAUUCUUGCUGGUGGGCUCACUCACUACAACUCCAAUCGACUCCUUGCUCUCGUAGAAAAGGCUCGAUUUUUUCGAGUGUGUGAGGUGCUGUAUGAACAGCGUGAGGACUAUGACAAGAUCCUGUCCUGCUACCUGCGGGACCCAGCACGAGAGACACAGACAUUUUCCUAUAUCAUGCAAGUGGUACAGAGAGCCAGGACCACAGGACAAGAUGAGGUGGAGAAGCGCAUGGCCCACCAGACCCUCACAGCCAUUCAGGAUCUGGUAAAAAUCAGUGGGACCAAGACAGCACAGCUGAUUGCAAAGAUUUUCCCCCAUCUCCUGGUCCCAGUUGUAGAGAAUCUACAGGAGUCUCCUGAGGCCCUGUUUGCUGUCCUUCAAGAGGUGUUCCAAAUCAGAGAUCUUCAGGCACAAAAUACACCACAAAAAGUGGCUGGAAGGAGUGAAAGCAUCAUGGAGGAAUUGGAGACCCAUCCUUCCUUAUAUGAGACAUACCUGGACCUCCUUUGUCGAUUCCAACCCAUGCAGGUCUCUUCAUACUUAAAAAACCAUGAAGGCUACCACUUGGAAUCCAUCCUGGAGAUUUGCCAGCGCCAUAACAACGUGGAGGCUGUAGCAUUCUUGCUUGAGAAGUCUGGAGAUAUGCAAGGAGCUGUUAAUCUUCUUCAAGACCGGCUGAGAGCCAAGCUCAAUGAGCUGUCAGAUCAUGAUAAGGAAGCAGGAGGAGAUUGUGAUCUGUUCUUCAGUCAAUUGGAAGGCAUGGUUGUGGUGCUGGUCCAGCUAUGUCAGCGUAGUUCUGCCCAUCUCAAGCCCAAGGACAAGGAGCAACUAUGGUUCCCCGUGCUGGAGACUCUCCUCUACCCACAGGGCAACCUCCAGUCUUCUCUAUCUCCUGUCUCACUGACCCAUCUUGGUCGAUUGGCCCUGGGUGCAUCGUGGACACUUCCAGUUUCGUCGAACUUCUGUAUGAGGUUCAAAAUGAAGGAGUCACAUUAUGAAGAGAUCCUGAGGGUUACUGACAAUACAGGUGUUGAUAUAAUAGUGGAAAUGGAAGUCAAUCUCAACAUGGCAAAGGACAUCUCUGUCCUUGCUCCUAAAGGGCGCAUUGAGGUGGUGGGAGGCAGGCAAGGGAAGUCAAAGAAGCAUGCGGAUGCAGAUGACAUUUUGAGGAGCAAGGAAGGUGUCGUGCACGAAGUGUCCGUCCUCAACGCCAGCCAC